AUGGCCUUUGACGACCGUCUUUCCCGCAUGCCGCUCGCGCUACCCCAGAUGUGCUGCUCGCUGGAUCUUCUCGCUGCCACGUCAUCGCCAGCUCAGCGCCAGGUCAUCAUUGCUGGCCCGCGGGAUGCUCCUGAAACCGAGGCGCUGCUGAAUGGAGUGUUUUCCGUGUUUCAACCGAAUUGCACU